UCAGCACCAAACGAACAUUACCUCCAGGAGAGCUCAGGAAAUCAGGUUUUCUUGCAGGUUUUGAAGGUUUUUGGAGUUCUGCAAAAGCUUUGGAAGAGUUUUUGUCCGUGAGAUCAGGGAUGACCAAGUUGGCUGUGUUGUGUUUCCUGCUUCUGCAGACUGGAGUUGAAGGGUUUAAAAUAUUAAAUUUUGGUUUUAAUCUUUUUAACGGAGGCUCAUUAACUCAUGAAGUGAUCACAGAGAGAGCGAUCCUAAAUGUCACUCUACAGGUGUGUCGUGCUUUGGCUUUGUCUGAGGGAAAGACCUUCUCUUUUCCUCCACAACCUUUCUCUGCUGGGGCUGUAGCAGCUGCAUGUGACGCAUCAAAAUCAACCAAAAGUUUCAUCGACACCAUUGAAAGGAUCCAGAAAAGUAACCACCAAGUAGACAAGGAUUAUAUGCUGAGUCCAAGUCAUCACUGCGAUGAUGAAAGAAUAGCAGAAGGACAGUUUCUCAUUAGACGUGGUUUAACAGCUGUGAAGGCUUCCAAUAGGAAACAAAACUUUGUUUUAGCAACAUCAACUCUGGGAGAGAUACUUCAUACCUUACAGGAUUUCUACAGUCACACUAACUGGGUGGAAAUAGGCCACACUUUCCCAAACUCCAAUCUGAUCAAAGGAAAUGCCGAAGUUGUAAAAAUAGCAGCCAUAACAAGAGCAACUUGCCGCAACUGUGAUGGAAAGGACUGCAGCAACAAUAUUUUGGAGGACAUCUUAAAGGAACAAACCCUUACUUCGGGAUAUUUUUCACUUAAUCCAUUCUCUACAAAACCAAAAGGAAAAUGCAGCCAUGGAGGGUUAUUUGAUGGAACAAAAGGAAUUGAACCAACAGGUGGAAUCAACAAAGAUUCAUUUGACUCUGAACAUGGAUAUCUUCACAACAAAGCAGCAAAUAUGGCCAUAGCAGCAACCAGUGAGCUGCUAGAGGACGUACGCAGUGCUGCUGGAGACAGAGGAUUCCUACAGAUGAUGGGACUGUUCAAAGGGAGAGCCCUUUGUUUUUGCGUGGACACGACAGGAAGCAUGGGGAAUGACAUUGAAGCAGUGAGGAUUGUAACAUCAAUGAUUAUUGACAGUAAAGUGGGAACAGAAGAUGAACCCUCAAUUUACAUUCUCGUUCCCUUCAAUGAUCCAGAAUUUGGGCCUCUGCUUCAGACAACAGACCCAGAUGUUUUCAAGAGUUACAUCAACUCACUAACACCAAAUGGAGGUGGAGAUGCUCCAGAAAUGAGUCUUUCUGGACUUCAGCUGGCUUUAACUGGUGCACCUCCUAAUUCGGACAUCUUCGUUUUCACGGAUGCAGCAGCAAAAGAUGACUACCUGAAAAACACAGUGCUGGCACUCAUAGAGCAGACCAGGUCUAGGGUGAACUUCAUGAUAACUGCUGUACUUGGCCUUCGCCGUCGAAGACAAGCAGACAACAACCAACAACAACAACAAAGUGUUCGGAUGUCGAGAGCAGGUGGUCAGCUGUACAGAGACCUGGCUCAGGCUUCAGGAGGUCAGGCUGUUGAAGUCACAAAAAGUCAGCUGCUCGAGGCCAUCAACAUCCUAACUGAAUCCACCAGCUCCUCUCUGGUGAACCUUCUGCAAGCAUCCAGGAAUCCUGGAAAAUCAGAAAAUUUCACUUUUGUAGUUGAUGACACAGUAAAAAACUUGACCAUUUAUGUCACAGGAACUUCUGUAGAUUUUAGUCUCAUUAGUCCUUCAGGGGUGAUUCAAAAUAUUGCCAACACAACUGGAUCUUCAAUCAUUUCAUCCCAGUCAGUCGGAAACCUUCAGACUGUGCAGCUGCAAACAGAAGGAGGAUUGUGGAAAUUACAAAUUUUGUCAACCAAUCCCUACAGUGUGAAAGUUGUAGGUGAGAGUCCCAUUGACUUUCUUUUCAAAUUUAUUAAGGAGUCAAACAGCCCAUUUGGAGGGUUUGAUGUGAUUGACAAUCGCCCCACAGCUGGAGGAAAUACCAGUCUGCUGGUGACACUGAUUGGAAGCGAUGUUGCCACAGUGUCAGAGGUCACGCUGGUUGAAUCGUCGGGUUCUGGUCAGGUUAACGGGACCGUAGAGGCCCAGGGUGGAGGAGCAUUUAUCAUCCACUUCGACAGGAUCCCAUCGGUUGAGUUUGUUGUGCUUGUGAAGGGCCAGAACAGCGACGGCGUUUCCAGAGCUUCUUCAGGGAUCUUCCAGAGACAGUCGGCCACCAGCCUGAGAGCCUCUGUUCUCACUGUCACUGUUAAUGACUUAGACACGGUGUUGGAGCCAGGAACACCUCGAUCUGUUUCUUUCUCUGUGAUGACAACCGGUGAAGGAGGAAGCUUCACCAUUCAAGCCUCCAAUGACCAAGGCUUUACUGCAUCUUUUCCAUCCAGUUUACUGCUGGAUCCUGGAGUUAGUGCUAAUAGCACAGUAAUCAUCACAGCUCCUGCUGGUACUCCAUCUGGUACUGGUGUCACCUUGACCAUUGAGGCCGCGGCUCCUGGAGGUGCAGACAGCAACUAUGAUGUCCUGCGUCUAACCGUCCUUUCAAAAGUGACUGAUUUCACUCCACCAGUGUGCCAGCUGCUCAGCCUGCAGUCCAACUGUUCUGACAACUGCAGCCAGUCAACAUGGGAGGUCUCUGUCCAGGUCACUGACGCAGCGAAUGGGACGGGUGUGGACAGCGUCAGUCUCAGAGAAGGCAGCGGCACGAUGAACAUCACCACAGCAGCUGAUAAUACAACUCUGGUGUCUUAUGUGGCUUCCUGCUGCUCACCUGAUGUGCAGCUGGUGGCUGUGGAUCAAGUAGGCAACGUGAAAAUCUGUAGUUACUCUGUUCGUGCAAAUGUCACUGAAGCUGCAACAACCAGCCCUGUAACAACGAGCAAUGUAACAACAGCUGUCACAGCUUCCUCUACAAGAGUUGACUUCUUCGUGUCUCUUUGCUUUGGUUUCUCAGUCCUGAGCUUCUUGCUACCGUCUCUGAAACUGUGAUCCUAAACUUUACAAAACAGAUUACUGGUGAUGGAAAUCCAGUAAAUAUUAUGCUCAUCCUUGUGGAAGGUUUUAUAUCUAAUCCUAAUCCAUACAUAAUGAAAUAUUUAAACACUUUUUGAAGCUAAAUUAAAUGUAAGCGCUGUAGUUGCAUUAUAGAGUUUUAAGAGGAGUUUGCUAUUUGCUUUUGUUGAAGGUUUAGCUCUAUGAACAAAGUUUGGUGAUAAAGGAGUAUCUUUGAAGUCAAUUGUUCUAAUCUUUAUGUAUUCUUUAUUAAUUAUUCUAUAAAAUCAAGUUUUAAGAAAGCAUGUAAUUCCUGACAAUACUUAAAAUAUGAGAACUGAGUUUUUGCCCAAAAGUUGUUUUUGUUUCUCUACAUGAGUUCAGAAAAUUAAUUAAUUCACAAUAUUACACAAUACAAUGCAAAGAUUUAUAUAUUAAAAUUAAAAUAAAAAAUAUAUAGUGUUACUCAUGGAAAUCUGCUCUUUUCACUCCUCAAUUGAACCUUAUAAAAUGAUAUUCCUAAUGUUGCUGGGCAGAACAAAUGGGGGUGUCAAGUUUAUCUGGGCUGCUGUUACUCUCUGGAGCCUCUUGGUGGCGCCACUGCAUCUGAUUUUGAUUUUAAGCAAGUUUGCAUGAGCGCAGUUUUCUAAAGUAAUAAUGUGAUCAGUUAUUCAUUAGGGGUUGUUAUCCUCUAAAUUUUAUAUUUUUAUGUUGUUUAUGUCACAUACUGUACUUUGUUGUAUGUUUUAAGAGCCAGGACAAAUGUUUUGCAAUGUGUUUGGCAUGCAAAAUGUAUUAAAGCUUCCAAUGACA